AUGGCCUCCGAGAGCGAGGCGCAGCGGGCGCUGCAGUAUGAGCAGACCCUGAUGUACGGGCGUUACACGCAGGACUUGGGCACCUUUGCCAAGGACGAGGCAGCCCGGCUGCGGCUGCAGGAGGGGGACACGCCCCAGCCCCGCCACCCCUCCGAGCUGCUGGAGUACACCCAGGGCCGCUGCGGCCCCUGCCGGGUCUGCGCCUUGCAGUGCCAGCGGUUCCUCAUCUCCAAGGUGGGUGAGGACUGGGUCUUCCUCAUACUGCUGGGACUGGUCAUGGCGCUGGUCAGCUGGGCCAUGGAUUUCGCCAUCGCCACGUGCCUCCAAGCUCAGAAGUGGAUGUACGGGGGCCUGGACACCAACGUGCUGCUGCAGUACAUGGCCUGGGUCACCUACCCCACUGUGCUCAUCACCUUCUCAGCUGGCUUCACGCAGAUCCUUGCCCCCCAGGCUGUGGGCUCAGGGAUCCCCGAGAUGAAGACCAUCCUGCGGGGCGUCGUGCUCAAGGAGUACCUCACCCUCAAGACCUUUGUGGCCAAGGUGAUCGGACUGACGUGUGCCCUGGGCAGUGGCAUGCCCCUGGGCAAGGAGGGUCCCUUUGUCCAUAUUGCCAGCAUGUGUGCAGCCUUGCUCAGCCGCUUCCUCUCCCUCUUUGGGGGCUUCUACGAGAAUGAGGCAAGAAACAUUGAAAUGCUGGCAGCUGCCUGUGCUGUCGGUGUUGGCUGCUGCUUCGCCGCCCCCAUCGGAGGCGUCCUCUUCAGCAUCGAGGUCACCUCCACCUUCUUUGCCGUCCGCAACUACUGGCGCGGCUUCUUCGCUGCCACCUUCAGCGCCUUCAUCUUCCGUGUCCUCGCUGUCUGGAACAAGGAUGAAGAGACAAUCACGGCACUGUUCAAAACCCGCUUCCGCCUCGACUUCCCCUUCGACCUGCAGGAGCUGCCUGCCUUUGCCGUCAUCGGAAUCGCCAGCGGCUUCGGGGGCGCACUCUUCGUCUACCUCAACCGCAAGAUCGUGCAGUUCAUGCGCCGCCAGAAGGCCAUCAACCGCUUCCUCAUGAAGAAGCGCCUGCUCUUCCCCGCCCUGGUGACGCUGAUCAUCUCCACGCUGACCUUCCCGCCCGGCUUUGGACAGUUCAUGGCUGGCCAGCUCACCCAGAAGGACACCCUGGUGACACUCUUUGACAACCAGACGUGGGCCAAGCAGGGGAUCAAUGAUGAGUUUGAAUACUUGGGCAUCCUGGAGGCCUGGCUCCAUCCCCGCUCCAACGUCUUCGUCACACUUGUUGUCUUCAUCCUUAUGAAGUUCUGGAUGUCAGCCUUGGCCACUACCAUCCCAGUGCCCUGUGGAGCCUUCAUGCCCGUCUUCGUCAUUGGGGCAGCCUUUGGGCGCCUGGUGGGGGAGAGCAUGGCAGCCUGGUUCCCUGAUGGCAUCCACACGGACAGCAACAUCUACCGCAUCGUGCCGGGGGGCUACGCCGUGGUGGGAGCAGCUGCCCUGUCGGGUGCUGUCACCCACACGGUGUCCACGGCCGUCAUCGUCUUCGAGCUGACGGGGCAGAUCUCGCACAUCCUGCCGGUCAUGAUCGCUGUCAUCCUGGCCAAUGCCGUCGCCCAGAGCCUCCAGCCCUCCCUCUACGACAGCAUCAUCCGUAUCAAGAAGCUUCCCUAUCUCCCUGAGCUGGGCUGGGGCCAUCACGAGAAAUACAACGUGCGGGUGGAGGACAUCAUGGUGCGGGACAUCCGCUACGUCACCCUCAACUGCAAGUACCGGGACCUGCAGCAGGUCCUGCACAGCACCAAGAUGAAGAACCUGCCACUGGUGGAGUCAGCUGAGUCCAUGAUCCUGCUGGGCUCCAUUGAGCGGGCGCAGGUGGGGGCCCUGCUCAGCGCCCAGCUCAGCCCCCAGCGCCGGCUGAUGAUGCUGCGGCAGAAGGUGCUGCCCGAGGACGGGCACCAGCUCUCCGAUUCCAGCAUCCGCUUCCAGAUCAGCACAGAGACCUCCUCGGGCACCCCUGCCCGCGCCGCACUCCGCAAGCCCCUGAAGCCGGCACUGAAGCGGGUGCCCAGCAGCCCAGCCGACAGCCCCCCAGCUGGCAGCACUGACCACACUGGCAUCGCCCUCAAGAGCCUCUUCUGUGCCAACGCUGCCACAGAGCCCACUGAGGCCCAGGGCACAGCCUAUCACAAGGCCAAACGCGUCCGCAUUUCCAUUGUGGAGGAGAUGAUUCUGGGUGACAAGAUGACCCCAACAGAGAUCCUGGAGUGGGAAGAACAGCAGCUGGACCAGCUGGUGGACUUCAGCAGCGCCAAGAUUGACCCCGCACCCUUCCAGCUGGUGGAGCACACCUCGCUGCACAAGACCCACACCAUCUUCUCUCUGCUGGGCCUGGACCACGCAUUCGUCACCAGCAUUGGGCGGCUGGUGGGCAUGGUGUCCCUCAAGGAGCUGCGCAAGGCCAUCGAGGGCUCCCUGACGGGCAAGGGGGUGAAGGUGCGCCCGCCGCUCGCCAGCUUCCGCGACAGCACCGCCAGCACCAGCGAGGCCGACACCACGGCCCUGCGCCAGCUCUGGGACCGCCACCAGCACCACCACAUGCCCCGCGAGGCUGGCCCUGGCGGCGACGAGGAUGACGACACCCCCAAGGGUCAGUGA